UGCUAGCCAUACCUGCCUACGUCCCUACCUGCUAGACGGCUGAGACUCGCUUCGAAGACUGACAGACUGCGCCAACGAGCCGUAUAUACUCAGCAAGGUGGCCCUCCGACGUCGAGUAUUAGACUAAGCUAAGACUAUCGACCAUGGGCAGGUUGACCAUCAUCAAGAACGUCCGCGUCUUCGAUGGCGAGGCCGUCAGCGGGCCUAAGGAGGUGGUCAUCGACGGGUCGCGCAUCGGCGAUGCCGACGGCAGCGACGACGUGCUCGCAGCCAACGAAGAUGUUGUCGUCGUCGACGGCACCGGCCGCACGCUGAUGCCCGGGCUCUUCGAUUGCCACGUGCACAUCCGCGAUGCCAAGCAGCUGGCCGCGUGCUCGUCCUUCGGGGUUACGACGGUCUGCGAUAUGGCGUGUAUGCCGCUCAAGUCAUACCAGGCGCUUCGAGCGGCGCAAGGUCCCACGCGAUGGCUGGCCUCGGGUCUUCCCGCAUAUGAGGAAAACUCCAGGCAUGGAAUCCUCAUGAAAUUCCUCGGGAUAACGGCAGACCACGCGGUCCAUAACGUAGACGAGGCGGCGAAAUUCGUGCAGAACAGAGUCGACGAGGGUGUUGAUUACAUCAAGAUCAUCGCAGACGAGCCUGGCCACGAGCAGGCCGUGCUGGACAGAAUCCAGGACGAGGCGAAGAAGCACGGGAUGCGGACGGUUGCGCAUGCGGCACAGUACAAGGCAUUCGAGCGAGGCUUAAAGGCGGGCUUCGACGUCCUAACCCACGUUCCUAUGGAUAAGGCCCUCGACGACAAGGUCCUAGACGAAAUGGUCCGACAGAAGACGGUUGCGGUGCCGACCCUUACGAUGAUGGAGGCCAUGACCAAUAGUUGGAUCCUCUGGGGCCUGGGCUGGAUCCUGCGAACAUUGAGGCAGAAUAGGAAUUUCCGAGUCUCCCUCAGCAGCGUGACGGCCAUGCGCAAGGCGGGUAUACCCAUCCUAGCAGGUACCGACGCGAACGACAGCGGCAUCGUCUCAGUCGCUGCCGGUGAGUCACUCCAUCGCGAAUUGGAACUGCUCGUGCGGGCAGGACUGACCCCCGCGGAUGCCUUACGGGCGGCCACGUCGGCGGCAGCGCAGCACUUCGAUCUCCUAGACCGGGGUCGGAUUCGACCUGGCUUACGAGCAGAUUUGGUGCUGGUCGAUGGGGAGCCGUACGAGGACAUAACGGCAACACGAAGAAUAGCCAAGGUGUGGAGCGGCGGCGAGGAGGUGCCAAUCUCCACAGCGCGGCGGGGGACCUGUGCUUGGAGCUGCAUGGUAAUGUGAUGAUUGGCCAGUUCCGGACCAUAGGGCAACGUGCUCGCAGGGGUGACAGGUCUUCUCGGCCAGAUGGGGGUGUUUAGCACAACAGUGGCUUUGGCUGACGGGGGGGGAUCUCAAAGCUUGAUUU